AGAUCACUGCAAUGGCCUUUAAAAAAAACUAAUACACCUGAGAGCUUUUGUAUAACAAUAGAUCUUUGAUUCCCCCCAACAAUAGAACCUGAAAUAUAAAAUCACAGAGCCCCUCUGCAAUUACAAUUUAUGCCCUUCUUGGGAUUUGUUUUUCACAUAUACAAUUAAAAUUAAUAACCCCUCUAUUGGUCAUUGUGGUUGCUGUUUGUAUGCAACUGAGUCACUGUUAUAAACUCAUUAAAAUUGUAGUUCACCUGUGGGGUCCUGGCAUCAAGUGUCAACAAAAAGCUUUCAGCAUGGAAUUACUGCCUCGGUUUUUUGUAGUUCCAAGGUUUCAUGUAGGAAAUAUUCUUCUCCUAAUAUGGAUCAGGCCACAGCAGGCAUCCCGCUGAAUCAUUCUGAGCAACUUAUAGGAGAAAUACCCCAUUUUUAUUAUAUUGUGGUGAGCUUAAGCGAAAGGGGGAGACAGAGAUCUCUACUUUGGGAAGCAGAGCAAAGUGUGAGUGUAAAAAACAAAAUGAAAACAAUCUUGAACGGGUGGACUAGUGCAUUACUCUACUGCGGCCUAUGAGAAGGUAAGUAGCACGCAGGCAGCCACACUGACCAACCUCACAUAAAUUGGUAAAAGCCAACAUGAUUGGGUCACAUACGAAAUGUUCCCAGAGUCUCAGUUCUGAAUUCCUCGGGUCACUGUACACCUUUAUGGAAUAACACCACCUUGCCUCCAACAGACAUGACCGGGAUCACCAUCACUAAUUUGAAACCAGAAACUACAUAUGAGGUCAGGAUGUCCGCCAUCAAUGGGAAAGGUGAAGGCGAGAGCAGCCAGGCCAGCACUUUCAAGACUGAGCCAGUCCGGUAUUCUGUCACAAUUUCAUCAGAGAUACCACCCCCUAUUGCUGCCACCAGUAUGGCCCGUAAAGGGGAACCCAGUGCUCCCAAACUGCAGGCCAAGGUGCACAGCCCGGGCAAUUCUCUUAAGAUCAACUGGAUCACGCAAGAUAACGGUGGUUCCAAGAUUAAACAUUACCUGAUCAGAUACAAGGCUAAGCGUGUAUCUGACUGGAAACCAGAGCUCCGCCUUCCCAGUGACAGUACCUAUAUCGUCCUGAACAGCCUGGAAUGGAACACGGAGUAUGAGGUUCAUGUGGUGGCAGAGAAUGAGCAGGGCAAAUCUAAGCCUGGCAUCCUCACCUUCAAGACAGAUACAGAGCCCACAACUGUCCCAGGUACUAUUCCCAUCAUACCUACCCCAAGCAUCCACACACACCAGCCACAGUGCACAUAGGCUUCUACCGUGACCAGAAAAUCUAUUAUUUGGAUCUUUGACUUUUGCUAGGUGCUUAUUCAAAGCUUGCUGGCUGCAGGGUCGGUCAUGAAUAAUCUAUCUCUGUCUGUCGCA